AAUUAUGGGACCCAGUGAGAGAGGCUUGCGUUUAUCUGUAUGCAGUUCCCCAGCCACCAUGAGUCCCUCAUUACCCUUCGAGAGUUCUGUUGACCUCACGGGGAUUAAGAAACACUGCUCUAGCAAACACGGCGAGAAGAAAUGGAAGUGCGGGAAGGAUUGAAAGAAAUACGCCGUUCAAUCUGGUUGGAAAGCACAUUCCAAGACUUGUGUUACCAGAGAAUACAGAUGCUCGGUGGCACUCUUUUCUCCAGCCUCUCACGGCGAAGCGAGAGCAUCCCCUACCUGCAGUCUGCCCACUCAAAGUCUCACACUAAGCGAAGCGAAGUUCGAAGCUCAGACCUCAUUGCAGUCAGCCCAUCGUCGACUGGAAGUUCAGAUGAACUUCUGCGACAGCGAACUCGAGAGAUCUCCGGCUUCUAUUUCCGAUCGUCGAGCUCCAUAUUGCGAAGGGGUUCUGGUUUGCUCUGUGAAACAAUCUAUAAAAUCCCUCGGUUCAGGGUUUCGUUCGCGCCGUUCUGAUUUUUCUCAGCUCCAUCAACUCGUAAGCGCCUCCAAGACGAAAAUGAAGAGCCAAGGAGAGCGUGUCAGAAAAGCCAGAGAAAGUUAAUGAAGAAAUAUGAUUUGUUUACCAACUUGAAUUCUUCUCAGCACUUUCAGAGUUGCUUAAAGAUGACAAACUCUGGGACUAUCAUGGUUGUGGUAAACUAUCCUAAGCUUCUGUUCUUUUACACUUGUGGGCUGAUCAAUGAUUAAGCCUGAGCAGUAAGCUAGUUUCUUUGUCUUAUUUCAUUUCCUUUUUAGGUUGUGUUCUCAUGGAAGCAAUGUCUUUUUACGAUCUGUAAUUGUGGGUCAUUUUCAACCUGACUUAAGUGAGGAUGGCAUAACUUUUGGGCUGACUUAUAUCUCAGAUGUACUAAACCAUUAUUUUAUUUUUUUACAACAGGAAAAAACUGAAACCUUUUUUCACUUCUCCAUUAAUUGGCAAAUCAUGAACCAAUGCUUGUACUAGUUCAAUAAUUACUUUGGUUUUAAAGGGAAAAUUGAUUUUUAGUUCUUCAAUUUUUAACUCACUUGUAAUUCUGUCCUUCAACUAUAAUUUAUUGCGACUCAAUCUCUCAAUUUUUGACUCGCCUAUGACUCAGUUCUUCAGUUUUUGACUCGUUAAUGACUCAAUCUCUCAACUUUUGUUAGUUCUCUUUUUUCAUGUUAGCUUAGAUCCCACAAUCAAAGAGCAAGAGGAGGGUAUUUUAGAGCAAGAUGUGAGCAUUUUUUGUAUCCCUCUUAUUUGAUGAGGAUAAUUUUUUUAAAAAAUAAAAAAUAAGGAUUGAGUUAUAAGUGAUUCAAAAGUUGAGGAAUUGAGUUGCAAAUCAUAGUUGAGGGACUAAGUCACGAGGAGUCAUAGUUGAGGGACUGAGUUAUAAGUGAGUUAAAAGUUGAAGGACUAAAAGAUUAAUUUUUUCAGUUUUAAAAACUGAAAAUUUGAUAAUGAGAUUCUUGAUCUAAUUUGGCAUGUUCUACUUCCACGUUCUGUAAAUUUGUAUUGUUCUGUUUGCGGGCUUUUUUGGAAUCAAAGUGGGUGUCAUGUUUUUACAGCAGAGCCCCUUCAAACCAUGCAAGCUUUGGUUUUGACUUUUGAAGACAGGAAUGAAGAAUUCAUCUCAAGCGGGGAAAAAGUAACUUCUAGAAUAUGGAAGGAUGCUCAAACGAGCGAGGUUUCCUGAAUUCAAUUCUUGCAUUGUGGGAAGCCAAUGGCAUCCGUUGGUGGGAUUUCUCAUCAGAAGGAAUCUAGAUUGACAGCAACAGACACUAGACAAUCAAGAACCUUGAAUAGUGUAUUUUUCUGCAGAACAAGAAGAUAAUUUGUCCCAUUUUGACAGUUGUAACAUAGCAUGCCAGUGAAGUCUUUGUUACCCACCUUGACUUUCAAGCAACUUAAUCAAAUACAUGCUCAGCUCAUAAUAAGACCUAAGCCCCAAAUAUUUAAUCCAUUACUGGGAGUCUUUGCAAAUUCAUCCAGCCCACAAAAUGCCCUUCUUCUCUACAACUUAAUGCUCUACUUCCCAUUCUCCCAUAAUCAUUACACUUUCACUCUCGCUCUCAAGGCUUGUUCUUUCCUGCAUGCACACACAAAAGGGCUUGAAGUUCAUGGUCAUGUAAUUAAAUCUGGUCAUUAUUCUGAUAUCUUCAUUCAGAACUGCUUGCUUCACUUCUAUUUUGUGGAACAUGAUGUCAUUUCUGCCUCAAAAAUAUUUGAAUCCAUAUCUUUCCCAGACGUUGUUUCAUGGACAUCCAUAAUUUCUGGCCUCUCGAAGUGUGGUUUUGAAUCAGAAGCCAUCAGGAAAUUUUCAUCAAUGGACGUAAAGCCUAAUUCAGCUACUCUUGUUAGUGCAUUGUCUGCUUGUUCUUGCAUGAAAGCUUUAGCACUAGGUAAAGCUAUUCAUGCAUAUGGAUUGAAAAGAAUGAUAGAUAAUAACAUUGUUUUUGAUAAUGCAAUGUUGGAUAUGUAUGCAAGAUGUGGAUCUUUGGUUAAUGCAGAGCACUUAUUUGCUAAUAUGUUGAAGAAAGACGUGGUUUCCUGGACAACAAUGGUGGGGGCUUAUGCUCAAGGAGGUUGUUGUGAAGAGGCUGUUGAUUUAUUUAAAAAAAUGGUACUAGAAGGAGAGGCUGUGCCAAAUGAGGUGACAGUUGUCGCUGUAUUGUCAGCAUGUGCGUCUAUAGGUGCUUUGAGUUUGGGCCAAUGGAUCUACUCCUACAUUAAAAGAAGAUCUGACCUUGUAGUAGAAGCCGUUGUAGGAAAUGCAUUGCUUAACAUGUUUGCUAAAUGUGGAGAUAUGAACAUAGCAAUUCAGAUUUUUAACAUGCUUGAACAUAAGGAUAUUAUCUCUUGGGGUACUCUCAUUUGUGGCUUGGCUAUGAAUGGCCAUGGAAAGCACACAGUGCAGCUCUUUUCUCGCAUGUUGAUUCAUGGUGUUCCCCCAGAUGAUGUGACCUUCGUUGGCCUAUUGUCUGCAUGCAGCCAUUCAGGUCUAGUAAACAAAGGAAUCAUGUUCUUCAAAGCCAUGAGAGAUUAUUAUGGCAUCAUACCACAAAUGCAGCAUUAUUGUUGCGUGCUAGACAUGUAUGGACGAGCAGGACUCUUUGAGGAAGCAGAGGCUUUCCUUAAGGGCAUGCCUGUUGAAGCCAAGGGUCCUGUUUGGGUGGCUCUUCUUCAAGCCUGCAAAAUUCAUGGCAAUGAGGAGAUGUUGGAUUGGAUCAAGAGAAACCUUGAUGAAAAUGUUGGCGUUGGUACGCUUGCUUUAUUAUCUAAUCAUUAUGCAAGUUCUGAACGAUGGGAUGAUGCUAAUAAGGUUCGUGGUAGGAUGAGAAGCAUUGGAUUGAAGAAAAUGGCAGGAUGUAGCUGGAUUGAGCUUGAGACUAGAAAUGAAAUUUUGGAUUUAGAUUUGUGCGGUUCUUGGUAAGGACAUGGAAAGUGGAAUCAAAUAGCAGAGUAUUUUGUUUAUAAAUACAACACUAUGCAAUUUUUAAGAUGGUUCUGAUUUUAUGGAUUGAAUUGCAUAUUGUUUGUACAAAAAUUCCAUAAUGGAAUAAAGAAUGAUUUAUUUAAUCUCAUAUUUAUAUUGUUGUUCAA